AUGAAGUUCAGUCUCCUCGCCCUGGCCACCCUCGCCAUCACUGCCCUCGCCAACAACUCUGGCGGAGGCGGCAGCGGCGGCGGCGCGCCCAGCUCGGGCGGCUACUGCCCCGACUGCAAGAUCCAAGGCGUCAACAAUGUAACCACAAAGUUCCUCAAGGGCAACUGCAAGUGGGCGCACAAGACGGACAAGAAGGACCCCAACUUCCUCAUCAACCUCUCCAAGGGCCAGAACCCGCCGCUGCUCUGGAUCGGGUGCUCCGACUCGCGCGUCCCAGAGACGGUGAUUACCAACUCGCGCCCGGGCGACAUCUUCGUGCACCGAAACAUUGCCAACAUGGUCCCGCUCACCGACGACAACUCGCUCGCGGUGCUCGACUACGCCGUGCUCCAUGUCGGCGUGUCGGACGUCGUUGUGGUUGGCCACACCAAGUGUGGUGGCGCGACGGCCGCCUACAACGCCGUGCACCCGCCCGCGACGCCCGCCGAGCCCGUCACGGACGACCCGAGCGUCGAGAGCCACCUGACGAGCUGGCUCGCGCCGCUCAUCGCGCUGACCAAGGCGCUGCCGGGGAACGCGACGAUCGAGGAUGUUGUCGAACACAACGUCGCCGCGCAAGUCGACAACGUCGUACAGUCGCCCAUCGUCCAGAACGCGUGGAAGCAGGGCAAGGACGUCCGCGUCCACGGAUGGGUGUACGACCUCGAGACGGGCCUCCUGCACGACCUCGGCCUCACGCGCACAAAGGCUGACUGCACCGACUAG